AUGGCCCGAAAAAGACCGCGGGCUUGCUCUCCCGCCCGCCGCAGGCUCCGCGGGUCCCCGCCCCACCCGAGGCGCCGCUCCCCCUGGGGCCGCCUGGGAGCCCUCCCGCCGCCGGGGGCGCUGUGGGCCGCAGCGGGCCUGGCUGCAGAUGCGGUGGUGGCCGCCGGGCGCCUGGAGGAAGCUGCUGGCCAGGCCGAAGGAGCCUCCGCCCGAGACCGCACAGCCGCCGCCGCCGCCGCCAUGGCUACAAAAGACCCCACAGCUGUAGAGAGAGCAAACUUGUUAAACAUGGCUAAGCUGAGUAUCAAAGGACUCAUUGAAUCUGCUCUGAGCUUUGGCCGCACUUUGGAUUCUGACUAUCCCCCCUUGCAGCAAUUCUUUGUUGUUAUGGAACAUUGCCUGAAACACGGUCUUAAAGUAAGAAAAUCAUUUUUGAGUUAUAACAAAACCAUCUGGGGCCCUUUGGAACUGGUGGAGAAGCCGUACCCCGAAGCAGAGGAAAUAGGAGCCAGUGUCCGGGAUCUACCUGGUCUGAAGACCCCUCUGGGUCAAGCAAGAGCAUGGCUUCGAUUAGCCCUCAUGCAAAAAAAAAUGGCCGAUUACUUACGUUGCUUAAUUAUUCAGAGGGAUCUCUUGAGUGAGUUUUAUGAGUAUCAUGCACUAAUGAUGGAAGAAGGAGGAGCAGUAAUUGUUGGGCUGCUGGUUGGCCUGAAUGUGAUCAAUGCUAAUCUGUGUGUGAAGGGAGAGGAUUUAGACUCACAAGUUGGAGUGAUUGAUUUUUCUAUGUACUUAAAGAAUGAAGAAGAUACUGGAAAUAAAGAAAGGAAUGUUCAAAUUGCUGCCAUAUUAGACCAAAAGAAUUAUGUUGAAGAAUUAAAUAGACAACCGAAGGCAAAGGUUUUGCAUCCAGACCAUGCACUCCAGCAUCCUAAGUCCAUGGCUGCUGUGGCAGUGGCUCUUUUCACACCAAAAAUGGAGGGAGAAAACCAGCUAACUCCUGGGCUCUCUGACUGCAGUCAGGCCAAGGACCAGGGAACCUGCAUCUGUUCACUAGGGCCAAGCACAUCUGCAAAAAAGACAUUACUGGAGGAGGUGCAAAGUGCUGGAAACCAAGUCUCCAGUCCUGGGAAAAGCAGUGGUGUGGAAGAGCAACGGAAAGAGCAUUUUGAAAACGCCAUCCCACUGUUUUCUGGCCUUCAUGAUUUCUGCUGAGAAACCCACUGUUAGUCUGAUGGGGUCUCCUUCAUAGACAACAGCAUCUCAUGACAAAAUGCUAGUCAUUUAAAAGACAGCUCUCCUCCAGUAUACUAUGAGGAGCUGUUAUCACUGCAGAACCAAGGUCACCUGUGGAAGGAAGCUCCUUGCUGAAGCCAGUUUUCUAUCAGAUCAUCCAUCAGGCCUAGCAGGGGGCAGGCAUUGUGCUGACUGUGGAAGAUCACAGACAGUGUGUCAGAGUGAAACUGACUUUGGAACUGUCUUGGUGAGUCCACACCUUAUUUCUCCACUUCUACUUUCUCCAGAGCUGCCUAGCCUGGUACGUAGGGGCCCUUUGCUGCAAGCUCAGGCCAGUGUCAGCUCCCGAGCCACUCCUGACUCAGUCUGGGGAGACUCAGUGUCCUCUGCCCCCUGCCUGGUGGAGCUUGGCAGCAAGUCCCAAGUUUUACAGUGUUGAGACCAGGUGGGAAGCCAUCACUAUUGAGGGGUGCCCUUUUGCUCCCCCUUGAGUCCAAGUUAUAUUAUUGCUUACUUCCUACCUGAAAUAGUUUAUGGGCCAUGGGUCUGGCUUAUGUCAAGCCCCAUAACCAGUCUGGUUGCCCCACCUAAGGUCUUGGUGCUCUCUGAUAAUAGCCACAGCUAAAUGUAUUAGUCCUGUCCUAGGAAAUGUAUGAUCUUCUCCCCAAAAAUAUAUACACUUACUAUGUAUACAUAAAAACUAAAAAUAAAAAAUUGGAAAAUUAAGAAAAAUAAAUGUAUGAUCUUUUUAUAUCUCACUUAAUCCUUUCCAUAGCCCUGUGUGAUAGAGCCUGUUAAUAUGCCCAUCGUGCAGAUGAAAGCACUGAGACUUAAUCCAUUUUCUUCCAGUCCUUUUUGUACAAACCACAGCUGGUACUAAUGGCAUCGCCGCCUGACUUUAAACUGUCCUGCCACUAGGAACCCUCACUGUCCAGCUCCAUAGUGCAACCAGAAGGAGGUGAGGUUUUGGCAUCUUCAAGGAGUAUCCUCAGUCUUCCUGUGUUUUGGAAUGAUUUCCAUUUGGCUGCAAAAAGAGGAGCUUCUGGGAUGAUAAAAUGAGGCAUAUCCUGCACCACUGCAUGUGUCCAUACAUGAUCUGAGCAGGAAGAGCAGUGGACAAGGAGUCUGGAAUGCUGGCACAAGUUCUGAGUCAGCCACAGCCUGCUGCGUGACUCUGAGUGAGUCAUUGAGCUUCCCUGGAUUCAGUUUCCUCAACAGUCAAAUUUCUAUGGCCUUUUGGGCACCACCAUGCAUGACAACACAAAGAGAGCAUUAUUACUCAGGGGCGUGUGAGGUAGAUUUUUCUGUUUUGUUUUGUUUUGUUUACAUUUUCAAUCUGUUUAGCUUUCCUGACUGACUCCUGUCCAUAGCCAUGUGCUGGGCAGACGAAUAGAAAUGUAUAUAAGCUGGGCUGAAAAAUGGUGGUAGAGGAAAGGAGACUCUAUGAAGGAUCCAGGAAGCCACCCUAGGGAAGGACCAUCUCCAUGGAGAGAGGAAAAGGGUCAGGCUCAUCCUUCUCUGUAGCAGAAAUAGGCAGCCCAGCCUUAACCAGGCCUAACUUCUGCAUCAAAUUAAGUUACUCCGUGGCCUAAAGAAGACCCCUCCUCCCAUGGGGUCUAUGUUGCCACCACUCCUUUACUAGGGACAGAGUUUUUCUUUUUCCAAGGUAGGGACUCAAGUGUAAGUGUCAUGUGUAGCAAGCCUUGCAUGAAACAUGCCUCCUGAAUCCCACAUUCUCUUGAGGGGUGCUUCAUGGAGCUUCCUGCUCUCCGCUGAUGAAACCUGACUCUCACAGGCUGGCCAGGGGCAGCACGGCUCAGCCUCAGCAAUACCUACCAGGGACUCUAGACAUAACUGAAGCAUCUGUUGAGAAUGACCCACUCCACACCCUAGAAUGGGAAAUACGUGCAGGUUCCUAUAUAACUAACAUUGACAUGCAUUUAUACUGUAAACCCUGAACACUGCUCAGUGGGAACCUGUCAGGCCCUUGCAGUUUCUCUUCAGUAAGAAUUGAAUAAGAACUCUUAAAAGUGUGGCUGCUGGCCAGGCGUGGUGGCUCACACCUGUAAUCCCAG